GGAAAGUGAAAGUAGAGAAAUAGGAAACUACAUGUGAGUUGAGUUUGCUGAAUGUACAGUAACAUACCGAUUCAUAGACCCUUUAAACAAAAAUAUAGACAAAGAAAAUCAGUUGACCCAUUUUUUGCAAGACACAAUAUUGUAUGUUAAGAAAACUUAGUAAAUAUGGCUGAUAAUGAUUGUACCAGUCCAAGAUUUUCCACUGAAGAACACUCUGAGAUUGGUGAUUUGAAAUACAUUACUGCAUCCCCAACAGAAAAGUCACCCCUUGAUGAAAAGACUUCUGAUAGAAGUGAAAAUGAGAACUGUCUUGGAGGACCUUCAUUUUAUCCCCCUUUAUACAUACAGAGAUACACCUUUGUGAAAGAAAUCCUUGACACAUUGCAACCAGAAAGUGUUGUGGAUUUUGGAUGUUCUGAAUGUGGAAUAUUUCGACACUUGAAAGAAGUCAUUACUCUUUUAAGAAUAAGUCUUGUUGAUAUUGACUUGUCUACACUUGAGGUCAACAAACGUCGUAUUAGACCUCAUUGUUAUGACUACCUCCAGAAGAGGAAGAACCCAUUACAUGUACAAAUCUUUGAUGGUAGUGCAACCAAAUUUGAUGCCAGAUUUAGGGACUAUGAGGCAGUCACUAUGGUUGAAUUCAUCGAACAUUUGUAUGAUAGGGAUUUAAAAGAAGUCAUCACAAUGGUAUUUGAAUGUAUAUGUCCAAAGUUUGUUAUCAUGACAACUCCAAAUUUUGAAUUUAAUGAACUGUUUCCAGGACCACGGAAAUUUCGUCAUUAUGAUCACAAAUUUGAAUGGACAAGGUCACAAUUUCAGACAUGGUGUAAUGAUAUAUGUGGUAAAUACAGAUAUGACAGUAAGUUUUAUGGUAUAGGAGAAGGACCGGCUGAUUCACAUUCUCUAGGUAGCUGUUCCCAAGCAGCUGUAUUCACCAGAAUAGGAGACAAACAACAGAUCAACUCGAAUGUAGAACAAGAUACAUAUUCAUUGGUAGCAGAAAGCAUUUAUCCUCAUCAGGAUAUUGAACAGAGAGACCCAGAGGAAGUUUUAGCAUCAGAAAUAGAUUAUGCAUUGUCUUUCAUGUCCAAGUGUUCAGACUUUUAUGAUGAAGAAGAAACCUCAGCUUUUAUACCUAUUGAUAAAUUGAUAUCUUUUAAGUCAAUUAAAAGUUUAUGUGAUUCUGAUCAAUUAAGAGAAUUUCUCUCAAAGAAGAAUUAUGACUUAUCAAAGAACGACAAAGAUGAGGAUUGUGUUUGUGUAGAACUAUCUUCUGAGGAUACGAGAGGUAUAUGGUAUGGCGAUGAUGAGGAUGAACUCAUUGAUGAAGCUAGGAAUACAAUGUCAGAAUCUCACAGUGAGGAAAUAGAAAUUAUACAUAAACUUGAGGAGGAAAUGUGGGAUUGACAUUCUGAGAUAUUUUGGUUUUCAAGGUUUUCUCAGGGAAAAACUUAGUACAAUUUGUAUUUAUAUACCUCUUAUUUUACCAUACAAUUAAUGUUGAUGAAUACAAUAUCUUCUUUUUGGCUAUUUUAAAACAGUUGCAACCAGAAACAAUACUCUCAUGAUAAAAGGAGUAUAUGUAUUUAGUAUUUAUAUGACCCAAGUUAAGUUACAAAAUUUAAAUGCUUUGUGAAAUUUGUUAUGACUUAAUAAUCCCUUUGAUUGAGAUUUAAUUUAUUUUUUAUAUACUAGUACAUUUCUAUGAAGUAUGCAGUCCUAAUUUGAUUUCAUAUUGUUACAUUACUUGGUAUUGUUUUGUUGUUGAAAUCCAUCUGUCCGUAAAAUUUAUGUAAAUACAUAAAUGUAAUUAUAUUAAAAGAAAUAAUUAUUACCUUCUGAAUAUUUAUUUUUUGAGAAGAUUAUGAAGCCUAACUUUUAAGAAAUACUCCACUGAAAUUCAGGUACUUGCAUAGGUUAGUCUUAAGUAUUUUAGGGCCUUGAUGGGAUAUAUGCACUUUGCAUGUAUGUGUACAUAAUUUGCUAGAAAUAGCCUUUUUUGAUUUGGAUGCAAAUCAUGUAAAACAUACCUGAAUAUGAACGGUUUUACUGUUACAUGUAUGUUAAUUAAUGAACCAUAAUAAAGUCUGUUUAGAUAUUUUUUCUGUGAAUUUGCUUAUUAAAAAGAUUUAACUGUAUUUUUUAAUUGUUUAGUUAGUUUUAAGAACAGCAAGUUCUAUGUAUAUCAUAAAUUGUAUUAUUUUGUUAUUUAGUAAGUUGUUAUAGUAUAGAAAAUAAAUUGAUAUAAAAACU